GUCUCCCACAGACAGCCACCAUAAAAAUUAAUACCACGCCAGAACCAGCCAAUCUGCCAUGGAAAAUACCCAAGAGCCACGGCUCCAAGUAGCCAUGGUUCCCACUCCGGGCAUGGGUCACCUGAUUCCACUCGUUGAGUUAGCCAAGCGACUCGUUUACCAUCACAAGUUUGCUGUAACCUUCUUUGUACCCAGUGAUGGCUCCUCCAUGAAACUCCAAAAGCAACUCCUUCAGUCUCUCCCCAACUCCAUUUCCACCAUCUUUCUCCCUCCUGUGAGCUUCGAUGACCUCCCAGAGGAUGUCAAGGUCGAGACAAGGAUCGCUCUGAGUCUCACGCGCUCCAUCCCAACUCUAAGAGACUCCUUCAAGGUAUUGACCGAGUCAACUCGGGUGGUGGCCAUGGUGGUUGACUUUUUCGGCAUGGACGCAUUUGCUGUAGCUAGAGAAUUCGGCAUCGAGCCAUACAUUUUCUUCGCAGGCACCGCCAUGGUGUUGUCUCUAAUCUUUCAUAUACCCAAGCUUGAUGAAAUGUUUGCCGACGAGUAUAGGUAUUUGCCUGAACCGGUCAAGUUACCAGGGUGCGUCCCGGUUCAAGGGAUCGAUCUGAUCGACCCGAUUCAAGAUAGGAAGAAUAUAGCCUACCAAGCGGUUCUCAGCCUCUGUAAGGGUCACCGAUUGGCUGCUGGGAUCAUGGUUAAUAGCUUCAUGGACUUGGAACCGGGUGCUUUCAAGGCUUUGAUGGAUCCAACAUCGAAUCUACCACCGAUUUGCCCCGUUGGACCACUGUGGCUGGAUGAACAGCCUAGCGGGUCGGUUCUUUACGUUUGUUUCGGAAGCGGGGGGACUCUUUCUCAGGACCAGGUAAAUGAAUUGGCGAUAGGCCUGGAAACGAGUAGACAAAGGUUUUUGUGGGUCGUAAAAAGCCCACAUGACAAAGCUACCAACGCUACUUACUUCGGCGUGGAAAGUAUUGGAGACCCUUUUGAUUUUUUGCCUAAUGGAUUCCUGGAAAGGACUAAAGGCGUUGGCCUGGUGGUCCCAUCUUGGGCCCCUCAGGCUCAAAUACUGAGCCAUGGCUCGACUGGAGGGUUCGUGACUCACUGCGGCUGGAACUCGACCUUGGAGAGCAUUGUCCACGGGGUGCCGUUGAUUGCUUGGCCUCUCUACGCUGAGCAGAGAAUGAAUGCAGUGCUCUUAGCCGAUGAUUUACAGGUGGCAUUGAGGGUUAAAGCGAAAGAAAACGGUGUCGUGGGUCGAGAAGAUAUUGCCGAAUAUGCCAAGGGGCUGAUUGCGGGUGAAGAAGGUAAGUUGCUCAGAAACAGGAUGCAGAAAUUGAAGGAUGCAGCUGAAAAUGUUUUGAGCCCAGAUGGAUCAUCCACAAAAUCACUGGCCCAAAUGGUAGAAAUCUGGAACAACCAAUAAAAAAAACUGACUAUCUUGAAAGUUGGUAAUUAAUAAUUGUACGUGUUGUAACUUGUAAGUUUUUUAUCUUUGUUGUUCUCAAGAGUUCGUUCUAAUAAUUAAGAAUUUGAGUUAUCUCGAUCUCAAGUGGUGUUAUUUAACCAAGUGCAAUAUAAAAGAUAUUUGAUGUUUCUGGUUGGAGAUGAAGAGGGCACCAAGCAUUGUUAGUUUGUUACUGUCUCUCGCUUAAUCACAGGCUCUCUCUUCUAUUAGGUAGUUGGUUCUUGAUGCCAGCAAUUUCAAGCUCUUUAGUAGUAACGUAGUUGAUUAAGGAUAUGCAGAGAACAAGUAGCAGAACCUGCUCUGAAAAUGAAAAGAGCAUAUGUAGUCUCUUCGGAUAUAGGAAGUGAACCAACCAACUAACAAUGUACUAUUAGUGUGAAUAAAAACUUUUGUUGUAU